AUGGCACAUGCUCGUAUUUCAGCCAGCCUCCCCCCUAAUAUAGAUCCCACAAAAGCUCCUGUUGCAUUUGGAAGGAGGGCCCUUCCUAAACUGAAUGAGGAGUUACAGUCUCCUGAGCUGCUGACUCAGCAGCGGGCACUGAUGACGCUCUGCGAUCUGGUCCAUGACCCACAAAAUGUGUACCAGGCACUAGAAUUAGGAGUUUUGGAUAACCUGAAGACUUUGCUGGUACAUCAGGAUAGUACUGUCCGACAAAAAACAACAGAAAUCCUCCAUAUAAUGACAAUGCAUAAUGUUGGCAGGCAUGGGCUGAUACAAAAUGGAGUGAUUUCUGCCCUUGCUGAGCUCUUGGAUGAUCCAGUAGAUAUCUGUCGGAAGAACACACAUCUCAUUUUUGAAUAUAUGUCAAAAUUAACUGGAGAUUGA